CAGCGGCUUUUCGCAGCUUCGCGUCUAUUCUCGUACGAGGAGGCUGUCGGCGGCAAGCUGCAAAUGUCGGCUGACGGCAGGCACAGCGCCAUUCGUGCGAACGAGUACUUUUCUCUCGAUAAUAUCCUUACUUCGAAUGAGCGAGUACCUUGCAAGGUGGAACUGCUUAUACCCAAGCUUGGGUUGUUAGAUUCAUCCUCAAAGGACAAAGACUUGAAGCCUGGCGUCAAGCUCGACCUGCCCUUCUGGUUGGCGGCCCCCUUAUUGAGCAGGCACAUUGUCUCGGCUGAUGUGCCCAAGGUGUACCGUGAAACAUACAGGGAAAUUCUGAGUGCCGAUGCUGUGGCAGUGGACCUGCAUCACCUCCAACCACAGUUCUACCUCUUCGGCCUGCUGAUUCAGAGGUUGCCCAUUGCCGAUGGGGAGAGCAUCAACCGGACGAUGGUGGAGGCCUUCCAAAGCCGCUUCCGGCACAUCAUGGACUGCUCUCAAGGCAGCCCGCGAGAGGACGCCCUGGACGUGACGUCACGCAUGGACCUCACCGAGCGGGCACUCUUUGUGUUGGGUCACAAGGCCCUUGAAGACCUGCAGCACUGGCAGAAGCGACAGUCGCAUCGCAUUGGCAUGGCGGCCAUGGUCAUCAACCACCGCAAGCGCAAACGGGCCACCCUUGCUGAUUCCACCUGAGACGUGGUUCCUUUUGGGACAUGAAGUGUGAGACACAUGGCUGACUCCCGGUUGCUUCGGUCUCGGCCCUGCCCGAUUGACAUUUACCCACUGGCUUUUUGUCUUCUAUGAUGGCUGGAUUUAAUCCCACCUACCUUAGCUCGCAUCACUUCCCAUACGUGACGCAUGGCACAUGCUAUCGCAUUUCUCGGUCUUGAUUUUUUAAAAUCUGGUAGCAGGUAUAAGACAAUGAAGUCUCUGCAGUAUUUUUUAAAGAAGCCUUUGUCAAUCUGUUGAUUGCCUUUCAGGGUUGUACCUUUGUGUUUCCAUGUACCUACCAUGACUCUAAACAUCUAGAGGAUGGUGGUCUUCCAUUCUCGGAUUUGUCGAUCAGAGGCACAAACGGCCACAAAAGUUUACUGGUCACACGAGCCGUGGCCGACCUGCAUCGCCGCUCUACCUUGCGGCGGGGCGCCUGUUGCCAAGUCCCGUCGUGCGCGCAUGCGCGUCCUUUGCUUUUCACUGGCACGCCAACUCUCCCGCUUCCGGCUUAUGCCCUAUUCUCACGAUUCAAUAGCUGCCAUUGGACACUCUGCCGCAGCUGUGUUUUGGUGGCUCGAUGAGUGCCAGAAGCCGUGAUAUGAACUCUCAUCUCCUGCCAUCCAGCACGAUAACGUUUUGCCUAGCUCAGCGGCCAGGAAAAUUGCCAUUCUGUUGUUGUUUUUUUUUUCUUUAUUAGGGGAGGAGUCUUUUGCCCCCCAAAUGACGAGAUAGGUAAAUCAAAAAGUAUGAAAGUUGUUUGUGUGAGUUUAUUUUCUUCAAAACAAACCAAUAAAAUAAAAACUGGCA